CUCACUCGCUUUGUGUAGGGCGGUAGGAUGGUGCCGCUCUUGAUGGAUUGCGAAGAGCCAAUCAGUGCCUUCCGUGGGAUACCGGCAUACAUAGGUUGCCAAUCCGCGGGUUGGUUGCAGCUGUCAAUCAAAACCCGGUUCUGGCUAGUGGGCGGGACGUUCAGUCGACUGUAGUUCCGUCAUCUCGCUCGUCUCCGAGGCUACGGGGGGCCAAUGUUGAUUUGGGUGAAUUCCCGUCGUCGUCGGACCCCGCCGAGGUUUAAUUUUUAAAAGCUGGGUUUAGUAACGAAAAGUGGCGGCUCUUGGGCUGAGAAUAUCGCGUCCCCGCCUCUGGUGUCGUUUUUCUUUAGGCUGGGGAGAGGUGGGGAGCCGGGGGGGCUCGUUCGGCGGGGGCUGCAAGGAGGGACAGGCGAAGACUGGAUCCUCCGUGUUCAGGCCAUCUGCGCCGAGCUCGGCCUUACGGUCCAGUGAAGCCCCAACGACCGAGAUACCUCAAAGGUAUCCUCCCCGUGGAUUUGAGCUAUAUAUCGGUCGCCCGUUGCUGAUGACUGAGUGAGUGAGCCCGCUUUACCAUCUCGUCUCGCCCUGGCACCGCAUCAGCAUCUGCCAGGCUAUUAAAGACCAAGACCUCGGAGUUAACGCUUGGUGCUUUUGGAUUUAGAAAAUACCGAUCAGACCUAAUCGAGAUUAGACCGGCUUGAGAAGGCUGCAGGGCGGCCAAAAAGCCACGGAUCUCCCGUUGACAGGUUGUCAUCAUGGGCAACGCGCCCACGGCCAGGAAGGGCAGCGAGAUGGAAAGCGUCAAGGAAUUCCUUGCUAAAGCCAAAGAGGACUUCCUCAAAAAGUGGGAGAAUCCUGCACAGAACACUGCUUGCCUGGAGCAGUUUGAGAGGUUGAAAACCCUGGGCACGGGCUCAUUUGGUCGUGUUAUGCUGGUGAAGCACAGAGAAACGGGACAACAUUAUGCGAUGAAGAUCCUCAACAAGCAGAAGGUGGUCAAGCUCAAGCAGAUAGAGCACACUCUAAAUGAGAAGAGGAUUCUUCAGGCUGUCAGCUUCCCUUUUCUGGUGCGGUUAGAGUACUCAUUCAAGGACAACACUAACCUCUACAUGGUGAUGGAGUAUGUGCCAGGUGGCGAGAUGUUUUCCCAUCUACGGAGAAUUGGCAGAUUUAGUGAGCCUCACGCUCGGUUCUACGCUGCUCAAAUCGUUCUGACCUUUGAGUAUCUCCAUGCUUUGGACCUGAUCUACAGAGACCUGAAACCUGAAAACCUGCUCAUAGACCAACAGGGCUACAUACAGGUUACAGAUUUUGGCUUUGCCAAACGUGUGAAGGGCCGGACCUGGACACUGUGUGGCACCCCAGAAUAUCUGGCUCCAGAGAUCAUUCUCAGCAAGGGGUAUAACAAAGCAGUAGACUGGUGGGCACUGGGUGUACUCGUCUAUGAGAUGGCAGCAGGGUACCCACCUUUCUUUGCUGAUCAGCCCAUUCAGAUCUAUGAAAAGAUUGUUUCAGGGAAGGUUCGUUUCCCAUCUCACUUCAGUUCAGACCUGAAAGACCUCCUAAGGAACCUGUUACAGGUGGAUCUCACAAAACGUUAUGGAAACCUCAAAAAUGGGGUCAAUGAUAUCAAGGGACACAAGUGGUUUGCAACAACUGACUGGAUUGCCAUUUACCAGAAAAAGGUGGAAGCUCCCUUCAUCCCCAAGUUCAAAGGACCAGGCGACACCAGCAACUUCGAUGACUACGAGGAGGAGGAGAUUCGCGUCUCCUUCACUGAGAAAUGUGCCAAGGAGUUUGCUGAGUUCUAGAGUUAGAGAGCAAGAGAGGAAGAAAGAAGGAAAUAGGGAGAGUCAAAGGUAGGCUGGUCAAGUGGGAGACGUAAGGAGAAAGUACUGUCUCCUGUCCAAUCACAAGCACCAGCUACAAAGAGGAAAAAUCGGAUAGAGAAGGGAAAAAGAGCAAGGAGACUGAUAACCAGCAGUGUUGCCUUUUCUGUUGUGUUUUUGUUGUGUUUUAUUUAUUAUUCUGUCUUAUUUAUGGAUCCCUUUAUAAUGAAGGUGUGCUUCAUGGGUGUUGAGAAUCCAACUAAUUUGGAGUUGCCUCUACACAUUUUCACCCGAGAUCUUCCCUUUUCCUUUUUUUUAAUCCAUCUUUUAGUCAUAUUCGCACCGCAGCAAAGAGAAAUCAGUCUGUCUGUGCUGAUCUAGUCCAGUCUCUUAGUCAUUACAUGAAGACUAAUGAGUUUUGUGCAAGUUUAGGUCUCAGUCUGGACAAAAGUUUCUUAAAUUUUAACCAACAACUGGCUAACAUGCUCUUUGUUUUUUUUAAGCAGGAAGGGCAUGUAAGUAGCAGGUUUAAUAAAUCUUGCACACAUAUGUACUUUCACCUCAGAUGACUUUACAUUUUGCAGUUUUAUCUCAAUUUUUCCUUCAGAAUUUAAACUUUUACCCUUUCAUAUCAUAGACACACGACAUAACUUAAGGCUUGAUGGGCCAACAAAAAAACAAAAAAAUGGAUACAUUGUGUGUGCAAAAUAAAUUUCAGCGAGAGACAGAUGAUGUUUUAAGGGAAAAAAAGUCAGUUACGUUUACUGUGUAACUAUCCAUCUACCGUUCUUAUCAUUGUUAGAAUUAGUGCAUAUCUACGGUACUCCAUUUUAAAUGUUAUUAGAUACUAGUGGCUCCAAUGAUAUCAUGUCACGCUAACAAACAAGGAAAUAUGAGUAAAGGGAUGGAAUUAACUCAGUUUUUAAGGGCGUUUUAAAGAAACACCGUAACGUAAUGGUAUCUCAGGUUUGAACAUAUCACUUAAUAGACAUUUUAUUAACAUACAGCGUUAGGAUCGGCAGGUAAAUCUGUGAUAUGGAUUUGGGAAUUUAAAGUUCUGGUUCAAAUUAAAAGUAACAAAAGGGAAUAUUCAGACUUUUGGUUAGCGUCUUCCACAGUUUGCCCUUCCAGAAGAUUUGAUUUUACUAACUGACUCAACAACUUUGUUUUCAUGAAAGCACUUCCUGUCUCGGCUCAGAGUUUACUUAAUGGUCACAGUGAUUCUGCUUACUGAAUCAAGCCUUUGGCCCUUGAUUACUCCAACUGAAAGAGACCGCUUGAGGCAAACUACCUCGAACUGCUUCCGGCUGGUGGCCUUCAGAGCAUUUUGACCAGUCACUGAUGGCAGUUUGGAUAGUGCGCUUUUAUGGUCUUCAAUGGAAAUAUGUAUUCAUGUUCACCUCAUCUUAUUACCCAUCCCUUUCUUCUUAUCACUUGUAAAGUAGGACCACACUCCAUGUGACAGUCUUAUAUGUGACAGCAGCUCUGUUACUGUUUAUGUGUUUUAAACAUGCACAGUUUUUUUGUUUCGUUUUGUUUUUUGUGUGUUGGUGAUGAUGUAAAGAUGACUGGCACUCCAUUUAACAAGUUAGUGAAAGCUAGAGCGCCUGGCGGUGAAUCGAGCUAAUACCGAGAAGAGAGAAAAAUAAUCAUAGCGCACGGUAUACAACCUGCUGAUUUGAAGAAUACAACAAAUAGCACUUUUGGUAUUCAGUGUCUCCUUGGCUCCUGAGCUAUGGUGACAGAAUAUUUCAACAAUGGCCAGAGAGGGUCGUUACUGUAGGAUUUGUUCAUUCACAAUUUAUGAGAUAAAACAAAGUGACACUGAUGUUGGUUUCAGACAUCAAAAUGCCUUCUUUAUUGCUGUAAUUUAAUGUGCCACAAUAAUGAUGAUUUCCUAAUUUGAUUAAUACAGGCGCCUUGGUUUUUCUCCCAUCGUUAUAAACUGGAUAAUAUAAAUUCACAUACCUCCCUCGAGUCUGAAACAGUUCAGUUACCAAAAAAUAUAUAUAUAGCAAGCAUUUUCUCCAGGAUACACAUUUGUUAUGUGUAAUGGUUUGUGUCUAUCAUUUGUAAUAUGGAAUAAUACUCAAAAUAACCCUAGAAAUUAAAGGGUUAAAGCCCCCCCCCCCCCCCCCCCCUUUGGCCCCCACGGCUAAUUGUCCACUUGCCAUAUUUACUUAUCAACACUCUUUUCCCACUCUGUGCAUGACCCCAGGUUUUCAGUGUGGUAAUUUGUUUUAAAAAAAAAGAUCAAUUUGAGAAUGUGCAUCACAGAAGCACAGCGUCAGCUGAAGGUCUUAAAGGACCACUCCGGUGAUUCAGCUUUACUGUUUAUUAAACUUGCAUCAGAGGCUACGUUAUCUUAUUAGUGCCUUGCAUGGGUCAAGCUCCAAAAAACAAAGUCCUACAUCUCCCACAUCCUUUGAAUUCUGCAUAAAUGUACAGUUUGUAAUGCAGGCUGUUUGUGACUCUGCAAGGCCUGUCAGGAGUACACGGGUGAUGUGGUGUAUUUAAUUUCCUUUUAUUAGUUUAUUUAACAGAGAGAAAGAGAGAUCAACGGAAACAGGAGGCACCAUUUCAGAAUAAAUGGAGUAGGACAAUAAUGCUGGGUCACUUUUAAGGCUACUGGAUAUUGUGCUUGUGUGUGGCAUAGUCCCAAAAGUAAAGUUAAAUGAUCCACAAACCAACUGCCACAGUAAGCCUGGGGCUUCACAGAGAAAUUAGUCACUUACAAGGCAACUAACAUGGAUCCGACAUGUCUCUCCUGUAUUAAUGUUUCCCCUUCUUUCUCACUGAGGCAGAUUAACCAGCUGAAAAACUCCAGAUUUUAUCAAUGAAUCUGACGCCAAAAUCAUACAGGCAGAUAAAUGGUGGCAAGAGCUGCAAGCUGUAAGCCUAGUUGUAGUCAUCAGCUGGCUUAUUGGUUAAUUUAAAAACCAUUAUUAUUAUUAUUAAACUGUUUACAUCACUUGUUGAGGUUUCACAUUCGCUGUAUUUCCUCCAUGUCAGGUUUAAUGUUGAAUAUAUCAUCAUGGACAAAAUGUUUGAAGUUAUAAUACAAUAUUAUUAUGUGUCUCCUCGAUGUUUUUGCAGUGAUACAACUUCCUCUCCAUGCAGGCACAAUGCUGGUACAUACUGUCGCACUUUUUAGGGAAAUGAGACCCCAAUAUAAACCAUAUUAACCCCCGCCACAGACAUACUACACACACACACACACAUACACACACUGCAAAGGGAAGCGUCUAAAGUCACGGAAACGGUGACAUAAAAACACGAAGUGUAAUAUUUUGCAACAUGAGUAUCAUUCCAAUAAAGUUUUACUUGUAAAAUUC